GAUAAAGGGUCGAGGCGAGGCUGUGCCUCUGAACCAACAUGAAGUCCCUGCUCAGACACCUGUGCCUCUGCUUGGUUGUGGCUCUCUUGCUCUUCUUGCCUGGGAGCAGGGCAAGUCAUCAGCAGACAUCUUGGCUGCGUGGGAGCUCAGGUCCACCCAACCGAUGUGAUGGACUUGGAUUCGAUGCAAUCGCUUUAGAUGAUCACGGAUUUCCUUACUAUUUCAGGGAUGAGUUUGUGUGGCGGGGGUUCCGGGGGCAACCACAGCUGAUGCACAGCAUCUGGCAGCAGCUGCCCACUCACCUCGAUGCUGCCUUCCGCAUGCAUGACUCCAACCACCCAGAUCAUCACAACAGGACCUUCUUUUUCAAGGGGGAACAUGUCUGGCAGUAUCUCGGCAACACUCUGGAAGGCAAAUUCCUGAUCCGUGACAAAUUCCCAGGAGUUCCGGACAACCUUGGUGGAGCAAUGGAGUGUCUCCAGGGGGACUGCAUGAAGAACUCCAUUCUGUUUUCCAAAGGAGACACCAUGUACGUACUGGACCUGAGCACCAAGGCAUUGAAAGCAAGGAAUUGGCAAGGAGUCCGUGGAUGUUCAACCAUGAUGCGAUGGAUUGACAGAUAUUACUGCUUCACAGGAACAAACUUCACUCGUUUCAACCCCAGCACAGGGGAAGUUCCUCCGGGAUACCCGAAGGACAUCCGGGAUUACUUCAUGUCGUGUGAAGGCCGAGGCCACUGGAGCAGGAACAGCACCGUUGACAGGAAAAUCUUCAGCCUCUGCAGCAAUGCUGCCUUCGAUGAGUUCGACGAGGAUGAACUGGGGAGGGUCUACGCCUUCCGAGAUAAUUGGUACUUCCGGAUAGACAAGAAGCGAGAGGGUUGGCACCCCUUUUUCCUGAACUCGAGUUGGACGUCCCUGCAUGGGAAGUUGAAUGGAGUGUUUAGCUGGGACAAGAAGAUGUACUUCAUCCAGGGAUCACAGCUCUACAUCUAUAAAGCCGAGACACGAUACCGUCUGAUUGAAGGAUAUCCCAAACCAGUCAGUGACGAGCUGGGAAUUUCUGGCAUUGAUGUUAACGCCACCUUCAUCUGCCCAAAUACGUCCCUGCUCUACGUCAUCACAGGGAACCACAUGCGGGUUAUUGACCUGAAGCAGAGCCCCAGGGUGCUGGGUGACGGGGUCCGCAUUGGCCACUCGCUGGUGGACGGUGCAAUGUGCAAUCGUAGGGGCAUCUAUCUGUUCAUUGGCACCCAGUACUACCGAUACAACUCUCCGUCUGAGCUGAGUGCGUGGCACAGCCUUCCAGACCCGCACAGCAUCAAGGGCGACUUUCUGCAUUGUCCGCACAGAGAGGCUCUGCCCCACCAUCGCUAACAGUCUCUGUCAUAGGUCCUGAAUCUGCAACAGCUCCCCUCCAUGCCGGCCCGGUACAAGCAUCCAGGACCCCAGAAUGACCUGUCCCUGGUUCACACCAGGGUCACCGAGAUUCCAACGGCUUUGGGACUGAUUUAUUUGAAUAAAUUCAGCCCUGAGCAAAUAGCUGUC